UUUCCGUUGCCCUCACACCCUUCUCAAUAUUCUCAUUCAAAAGGGCUGGAGUCACCACUCACCAGAGCUCUCUCUCUCGGUUUCUCCAUCUUGUUCUAUUUUCUCUGCUUCUUCUUCAUUUUGUUCAACUUGACACUUGUGAAGGGCUCACUCUCCUACUCGCUCGGCUUGGUCUUGCUCCCUUCCCUCGGUGUGCCUCUGUAACUCUCUAUUUUCAUUUCUGUCCCUCCCCCUGUAUUUCUUUUCUUUUUCGAUUCCUAUAGAUUAUAUAUUAUUUCUCUUUGUUAGUGUAACUCUGCCUCACAAUGAAACCCCAACACUUGCUUUGUUCUCCAUCUACUUCCUCACCAUUAUUUAUCUCAUACAAAUAUCCUUUUCUUCAAAACCCCAAACUUUCAGUAAAAUCCCAUUUCUCCCCAUCAGACAGGUCACAGUUUUGGGGCACAAGUUUAGUUUUGCAACAAAGUAGUAAUAGUGUUAGUUUGAGUAAUCUGAGAAAAACCCCAUUUGGACCCGGACCCAUUAGAGCUGUUGUGAAGAGAAGAAAAGAGCUUCCUUUUGACAAUGUCAUACAAAGGGACAAGAAGCUGAAACUAGUGUUGAAGAUAAGGAAGAUUCUAGUGAGUCAACCUGAUAGAAUUAUGUCUCUUAGAGAGCUAGGUAAGUACAGAAGGGAAUUGGGUCUUGACAAGAAGCGACGGUUUAUUGCUUUGUUAAGGAAAUUCCCUGCGGUGUUCGAUAUCGAGGAAGAAGGGGUUUUUUCAUUGAAAUUCAAGUUGACACCUGAAGCUGAAAGGCUUUAUUUGGAGGAGGUGAAGAUUAGGAACGAGAUGGAGGAUUUGUUGGUUGUUAAAUUGAGGAAAUUGUUGAUGAUGUCGUUGGAUAAGCGGAUCUUGUUGGAGAAGAUUGCCCAUUUGAGGACUGAUCUUGGGCUGCCAUUCGAAUUUCGUAACACUAUUUGUCAUAGGUACCCGCAAUACUUCAGGGUUGUUCCGACUGAACGAGGUCCUGCAUUGGAAUUGACUCAUUGGGAUCCCGAGCUUGCAGUUUCAGCGGCUGAGUUAACUGAGGAGGAAAAUAGAGCUAGAGAACUAGAAGAGAAGAAUUUGAUUAUUGAUAGGCCCCCAAGGUUCAAAAGAGUAUUGCUACCCAAGGGUCUCAGUCUUUCCAAGGGUGAGAUGAGGAGGGUAUCUGUGUUUAGAGAAAUGCCUUACAUAUCGCCUUACUCUGAUUUCUCAGCACUCAGGUCAGGCACGCCUGAGAAAGAGAAACACGCUUGUGGGGUUAUUCAUGAGAUUUUAAGCCUCACUGUUGAGAAGAGAACUCUUGUGGAUCACCUCACUCAUUUUCGAGAGGAGUUUAGGUUCUCUCAGCAGCUGAGAGGGAUGCUAAUAAGGCACCCUGAUAUGUUUUAUGUGUCCUUGAAAGGGGAUAGGGAUUCAGUUUUCCUCAGGGAAGCAUAUCGUGAUUCUCACUUGAUAGAGAAGGAUCGUUUGUUGCUAAUAAAAGAGAAAAUUCGUUCUCUUGUUGCUGUUCCUCGAUUUCCAAAAAGGGGUUCUCCCAGAACAGAUGAGGAGGGUGGGCCAGAAGGAAAUAAUGGAAGCAGUGAGGAGGGAGAAGAAGAGUGGUCUGAUGUUGAUAAUUUAAUGAGCAAUGAUGGGUUUGAUGAUGACAAUGACGAUGAAGAUUAUGAAGACAAUUGGGGUGAUGAAGAUGAUGAUGACAUGCCUCCAGAUUUCGAUGAAGAUGGUGAAACUGUGAAGAUUGGAGUGAGCAAACCAAUUAAACAGGUUGACAACUCAAAAAAAGAUGAGGAGAAGGAUCUUGUUCCUGUGCUCCCUGAUGGUAGGCCAAGAGAACGUUGGUAAAUUUUAUAGAUGGCUGCUUUCUUUUGAAGGCUCCAACCUAGAGACAUUCACCAAAUGGCCCUUAUGCUGUGCUCUUGGACUGACUUACAAGCAGUGUUUAUUCUCCUUUACCGCUUCAGAGAAAUAUGCAAUCUACUUUGCAAGGCUCAGCAGCCUGUACCAUUGUAAGGCCAGGACUCCUUCCCAACAUUUAUCGUUCAGGACAAUCUUUAAUAGGAGCGAAGGCAUAAGUUAGUUAUCUCAUAUUAUUCUCUGCCUGUAUGAAACAUAUUUAGAGAUACUUAAUAAGAGCACUGAACUGAAAAUUUUGAGCCAAUGGUAAGUCUUUGCAGCUGUUUCUAAGUUAA